AUGCUUUCAAUAUUUAACAGGCAGAAAAACGAAGUGGUUAGUCAGUCAAAUAAUGCACCCACUAGUCUUAUGAAAAAUUACAAGGGAAACGCAUCUGUGAUGUUUGAUCUUAAUCGGUCUUCUCAAGAAAUUAGCCAAGACUUUCUUGUCAUAUUGACAUCGUCCCCAAAUAGUGGAACCGCUGGAAUGGAAUUCCAGACAGAUGACACAACUGAAUUGGCCAAGAAGAUUGAUAGUUUCAAGAAAAGGGUGAAAAAUACUUCACCUGAGGAACAUUUACAAGAGAGUUUUAGUAUAAAUAUGUCGUCUAUCACUCUCCAACGUAUUGUCAAAUCAAAUGAGAGUUCUCUCAUGCGCCAUUUGUUACAGAUAACUGGUCAUAUUGAAUAUACUCUUAAACGUAGUUCUGCUUCUUUAGAGAAUCAAAAAACGACAGAGGAUGACAAGAAAUCUAAUGAUGAAAGAAAGAAAAGGUGGUGGCCUAUAUCUCCAUGGCACCAAAGUUCUUCGGAUACGGAUAAAUCAAUGAAAGAUCCGAAAAAGGAAGAAAAUUGUGAGAUUGUAGCAGGAAAUAAUGGAGAAGGUAAUAAACUCAACCAACUUAAUAGGCCCCAAGCACUAGCUGUGGAUACACAAGAUGGUAUUUUAUUUAUUGUUGAUAGCAAGAAUCACCGUGUAGUGGCUUGGAAGUUGGGUGAUGAUAAGGGGCAUGUUAUAGCUGGUGGUCAGGGACAAGGAGAGCAACUCAAUCAAUUGAAUAAUCCAACAGAUGUUUUGAUUGACGAAGCGACUCGCUAUCUUUUUAUUUCUGAUCGGGACAAUAAACGUGUAGUUCGAUGUUCUAGUGAACAACCUAGUUCUACUCCCGAGAUCAUCAUUAGUGAAAUUGAUUGUUACGGAAUUGCAAUGGAUCAAAAAGGAAAUCUCUAUGUCACUAAUGUUGCCAAUCAUGAAGUAAGAAUGUAUUCAAAAGACGGAUUUUCUUUACGUAGAGUCGUGGCUGGUGGAAACAGUAAGGGUAAAGAUCUCGAUCAGCUCGAUUACCCUACUUACAUUACUGUUGACAAUAAUGACAGUAUCUAUGUAUCCGACAAUGGAAACAAUCGCAUAAUGAAAUGGCCAAAUGGGGCUAGGGAAGGAAUAGUUAUGGCAACAACUCAAACAAACAGCGAUAAAAAUACAUCAUCGUGCGGUCUUCGUGGAAUUGCUGUUGAUCAAAGGGGUACUCUAUACGUAGCGGAAAUGUUCAACCAUCGGGUGACACAAUGGUGCCACGAAUCAAACAAAGGUGUCACUAUUGUUGAAGGAGGAAAAAAAAGACUCAGGACACAUCAAUUAUUAUGCCCUGUUGGUUUGACAUUGGAUGCUUCUGACUCUUUGUACAUCGCAGAUAGCAAUAAUAAUUGUGUUUUGCGAUUCUCGCUUAAAUAA